UCACUCGUGCGAAAGCUUCACAACAGCCCCAGCAGAAACAUGGUUGUAUGCCAGGAGGUCUUUGGCAAAACAGAAACGGGGGAAGAUGUCAUCAAAUAUACUAUUCAAAAUAACAAAGGCCUCGAGCUGGUUGCGAUUUCUUGGGGAGCUACUUUAGUCUCACUAAAAUGCCCUGACAGGUAGGUCUUAGCUUGCGUGACUGACUUGUUCGCUUGUUAAAAUUCAUAACCAUACACCGUCAAAUGUAAGCUUACUUGGCUCCGAGACUGAAGGGAAUAAAAUAAAAAACGGCGUUCCGAUUCAGGGAUGAAAAAAGAAUUUCGUUAGUUGUAUUUCCUUAGCCUCGGAGAAGAUAUAAGUUAAAACAUGACUGUGUGCUUAAUUUGGCCUUUUGGACCCAAUUGCAACUCCAGCACAGGGUUUGUUGUCUCGAUCCAUUUCCUUUUCAGGCGUCCUAAAGAAAAACAAAAGAAAAAGUUAUCACAAAGGGUUAAGGGAUUUUUCAUGUCGCGUUUUUUCAAGUGUUGCUAUAAUUGGCCGGGUAUUUUGAGGAUGAGAUCUCCAAUUAAUAGCGAGUGAAACUAAUUUUGAUAAAUGUAUGCAUCCGCACAAGGAGCUCGUGACAUUGUACAUGUUUCGAGAAGGCUCUUUGAAUAAACAUAUACCCAUGAAUCCAUUACACUGAAUAUUAAUUUUAUUGUUCAUGGUUUAUACUUACAAGUGACAACAGCCGUUUUUUUGGUUGCUUUCGGUUUUUCUGGACUGAUCUUUUUGCAUGUGGGUUCUGGAUUACUGAUCUUGAGAUUUUGAACUUAACCUCCCCCAACAUAAUAGCCCUCUCUAGGAAAAUGAAGGGAAAAAAAUAAGGAAUUAAAUAAAUUAGAUAACAGAAACUUGAAUUAACCAAGCAGAAGUGUUAGGAUUAAGCAGACGGUAUGAAUUUAAAGUUAAGAGUUCAUAAAUGUACAUGUCAUUUUAACAUGGUAGAACAGAAACGUUCAAGUGUCUGCAAUGCAGGCUAAUAAAGAAUAACUCCCCAUAAAUUCACAAAAAUUUUCACAUGAAAAGAUUAAGGCUGGUUUGAUAUCUAAAAGCAGGUUUUUUUCUUUCACAGAGUGUUUCACAUGCCAAAAUAAUCACAUGUGUUUCACAUGAACUGCACAUAUUAUUUGUCAUUCACAGGUUUGGCUCCCAGCAGUAAGUUUUGAGUCCCAACAGGACACACAAAAAACUUGAAUUCCAGCUUGUCCUUUGCACAGGCAGCUGUCAUACAUUUUGCUUGCCCACCAGGGCCACUUCUUGCUCAUCUUAGUUAACAAUCUUGUCAGAGGAUAGCCUGCGUAGCUGGCGGUAUUGUGUGGGUGCGAGAUUAAAGUUUUGGCGGCGGAGCCGUGUUCCAAAAAAAGGGAGUAGGGACGAGGCGGUUGAAAUACCGCCUGCCAGAAAACCCCGGUAUUUUGAAUACCUCCGCACACCAGUGUGCGGGGAAACGGAUUGGUCGAGGGCCAUACAUAUGUCAAUCAUGUUAGAUGAGCCUUCGCGUAUAUUUCCCAAUUUAGGGAGCAGAUGGCGAACUGGAAAAGACGUACAUGUAAAGUGAUUGUGUUUUCCGCUUUAAAAAGAGCAUAAUUGAUGACCAAAUUGCCAAAAUUGCGUCUUUAAACUUCACAGCGCUGGAAUUGUCUUAAUUUAGCCGUAAGAAACAAAAAAAUUAAAACACUUUACAACUGCAUCUGAGAUCAAAUCCUAUCAGGAACACCUACUGAAGAAUAAACCACCGGAAAUGGUUACUCAGUAUGCAUGUAACAAACCAGCUUCAUGACCUUUUAAUGUUAAGCCUAGUGUUGCAAAAAAAGAUUUACUCAGUCAAAGUUUAGAAUGAUACAUGCACUGGGGUAGUGCUAGUAACCUUUGAGCGAGAGCCGAGAAAAUAAAAAAAACCCUCUGUUCAAGCAAACUCACAAGGUCACGUUUCACAUUGUCACGAGCUUAGGAGUCGUGUUUAGCCUGUCAACGCUUAUUUCUAAACUGUCUCGCGCGAAAAUAAUCGGAAGUUUCAAAUUGCAGGUUUCUCUUUGAUUGGCUGAUUUAAUUGGGAUCAGCUAACGUGACAAAAGUGGGCGGCAUUCGAAAAAUCAUGGUUCUCUGGCAGGCGGUAUUUCUCGCGGCUUCGCCGCUCGUGACGGCUCCGCCGUCAAAUCUCACUCGACUAUAUUACAACGGCUCCGCCGCCAAAUCUCACUCGACUACUACACAAUACCGCCAGCUACGCAGGCUAGUCAGAGGAUGACUUUCCUGCACCCUUGCCCUUUGGUCAAGUAAGCUUUGGCCCUUUAAACCCUAAGAUCAAAAUUUGAAUUCUCAUUUGUUGCGGCCCCUAUUCAUUUCCUACAGAAGUAGUGGGGAGAAGUUGAUAAAAUAUCAAGCAAAUUCAUCUUGUGUGAUCAUGUCUGUAAUUCUCAUGACCACUCUGUUUUACAAAGCAUUGAUAUUACAAGGAGAAAUUUGAUGCUGAUCACUCUUGCCCAGCAAGAAAAUCCAGUUGUCCUGGACAACCAGAUGGGGCUUUUUUGAGCCCUGCCUAAAAGAGCAAAUAGCAAUACUUAAAUCUUAUUAUGUAACAAGCUAUAAGGGAUAUUCUUAAUACAUACACAGUAGUUAUUACUGGGUCACUUUAAACAAAGAAGUGUUUUUAAUUUCCAGGAAUGGGAAGAUAGAUGAUGUAGUUCUAGGAUAUGACAAACUAGAAGGUAAAAUCACAGUUGGAAAAAUGAACUCUUAGAUGGUUUUAUUUUAUUAAAUCCUUGCCACUUUUUAAAUUUUUUUCCCUUACAAAAUUAUGAUAAAGAAGUUUUUACUUAAAUGUCUGAUUUUAAAUUAAGACUACUUGGAAAACCCGCCAUCAUUUGGAUCAACUGUUGGAAGAUUUGCUAACAGGAUAGCUUAUGGAAAGUUCACACUUGAUGGGAAAGAAUACCAGCUGGCCAUAAAUAACCCACCCAACCACUUACAUGGGGGAUUGAAAGGCUUUAGUAAGGUACACUUUGUUUUUUUCCUAUCAAAAGCCAACAAUUUAUGAUAUAUUUACUAUGCAAUAGUAAAUUUCAAGAUUUAUAUACAUGUACACUGUAUAUGUUACAAGUUAAAAUUAAACCUUGGUUCACUCUCAUGCUCAAUUUCCUUUGUGUCCUAGCCCUGAUUAUUCAUGAAUUAACGUAGGUUAAAAAAUUUUAACCUGAAUUUAAUUUUGACCUGUACUGGCCACCUAAUUGACAACAAUUAAUUUUGUUUUAAUUCUUUUGAUGGUGAGGCCAUUAAAAAGAUACAUGUACAGAGAAAAGGUCCUCACUUUAUUGGGCUGUUUGUUUAUGUAUUUUACUUGAAGCAAAACUGGCAAAGUAAAGUAAAGGACCAAAAUGAGGUUGAAUUUAAAUAUGUAAGCUGUGAUGGAGAUCAAGCCUACCCAGGUGAGCUGACAGCUGAGGUGGUGUACUGUCUCACGGAUGACAAUGAAGUCAAGCUGCAUUACAAGGCUAGCACUAAAAGUCCCAGCAUUCUCAACCUCACUAAUCAUGCCUACUUUAACUUGGCUGGACAGGUAAUUAUGCACAUACAAACAGGGUGCAAAGAAAGUCAGUUAUACAUAUACAACUUGCCAUUUGGGCAAGCUUUACCUAGCUUGCAUAUAAUUUUUUAUGUACUAUCCCAAAAGUCAUUUCAAGUAGCCAAAAUUUUUUCUGAUGAGUAGCUAGGAUUGAUUACAGUUCUUCAGUAAUUUGAAUUCCCCAUGAAAGAUAUCACUUGCCUGUUGUGCAAGUCAAGAAGUUAAGAACAGAAUUCACUAAGCCCUAAAAGCAAAAUCCACUAGCCUUGGGCUGUUGGACACUACUUUCUUUGCAUGGUGAUCUGCAAAGUACUAUUUUAUUUGCAUUUGUUUAUUCUGCUUAAUUUUAUCACUGAUGAAGUCCACUAGCUAUUUCCUUUGUUGUUGUGUUUAACUUACUUCAGUUUACUUCUCACCAAUGCAGUAAUACAACCUUAGUACUGUAAAGCGAGACUGCAAGUAGUAUCUCUUUUUCUUCAAAUUUAGUUAGGGGAUUGCCCUCCAGGGCGAGCGUAAGUCUAGGAAAAGAUGAUCAACAUCAGAUUUCUCUUUACAUUUUAUAUUUAUCGUCGCAGGUUGAACNAAAAAAUUUUAACCUGAAUUUAAUUUUGACCUGUACUGGCCACCUAAUUGACAACAAUUAAUUUUGUUUUAAUUCUUUUGAUGGUGAGGCCAUUAAAAAGAUACAUGUACAGAGAAAAGGUCCUCACUUUAUUGGGCUGUUUGUUUAUGUAUUUUACUUGUAGCAAAACUGGCAAAGUAAAGUAAAGGACCAAAAUGAGGUUGAAUUUAAAUAUAUAAGCUGUGAUGGAGAUCAAGCCUACCCAGGUGAGCUGACAGCUGAGGUGGUGUACUGUCUCACGGAUGACAAUGAAGUCAAGCUGCAUUACAAGGCUAGCACUAAAAGUCCCAGCAUUCUCAACCUCACUAAUCAUGCCUACUUUAACUUGGCUGGACAGGUAAUUAUGCACAUACAAACAGGGUGCAAAGAAAGUCAGUUAUACAUAUACAACUUGCCAUUUGGGCAAGCUUUACCUAGCUUGCAUAUAAUUUUUUAUGUACUAUCCCAAAAGUCAUUUCAAGUAGCCAAAAUUUUUUCUGAUGAGUAGCUAGGAUUGAUUACAGUUCUUCAGUAAUUUGAAUUCCCCAUGAAAGAUAUCACUUGCCUGUUGUGCAAGUCAAGAAGUUAAGAACAGAAUUCACUAAGCCCUAAAAGCAAAAUCCACUAGCCUUGGGCUGUUGGACACUACUUUCUUUGCAUGGUGAUCUGCAAAGUACUAUUUUAUUUGCAUUUGUUUAUUCUGCUUAAUUUUAUCACUGAUGAAGUCCACUAGCUAUUUCCUUUGUUGUUGUGUUUAACUUACUUCAGUUUACUUCUCACCAAUGCAGUAAUAUAACCUUAGUACUGUAAAGCGAGACUGCAAGUAGUAUCUCUUUUUCUUCAAAUUUAGUUAGGGGAUUGCCCUCCAGGGCGAGCGUAAGUCUAGGAAAAGAUGAUCAACAUCAGAUUUCUCUUUACAUUUUAUAUUUAUCGUCGCAGGUUGAACUUGAUGUUUUGGAUCACGUAGCUCAAAUAAAGGCACCUUCUUACUUGCCUACAAAUGAUGUACAGAUUCCAACAGGUACUUAACAAGAGUUGCCUUUUAAAAAACCAUUAAAAAUAACUCUAUUCCUGAUAGUGUACAUCUUUAAGCCGCCUGGGUGUCAUAUGAUUCGGGAAUUGUCCUCAAAUAGAAUCAAACUGUACAACAUGUAGAACAUAAUUAGAAAUGUAUGGAUAGGUUUUGCAGUUGACAUGAGAUUUUAUGCAUCAGAUUUCCAUGAACAUUGAAUUGCAGGAUGAAAGUUUUGUAUGUACCGUACUGUGUAAAUUUCAGAAGUUUUUUUUACUGGCAUUUCCACUCAGGCAGUGACCUCCUCACAUUAUCUCACAGACUGAUAAAUCAAAACAACUAACAUUACUAACUUCAUGUACACUAACAUUUCUGCCAAAUGAUGUACAGAAAAGCCGUAACAAAAAUAUGUCAGUUACUUGUCAGAUACUAACUUUACACACUUAUAUCUCAAGGUGAAAUAUGCUCAGUGUCAAGCCCAAAUAGUGCAUUUGAUUUCUUAACACCAAAGCCAAUAGGCCAAGAUAUAGACAAGAUUGGAGGCUAUGACCACAACUUCUGUCUACCAAAAAGCAAGGAAUACUGUGCAGAGUAAGUUAGUUAGUUGAGAUAAGAAAUGAUCACAUGGUCAAUGAUCUUUUACCGGUGAAAAUUUUCAAUCAACGUACUGGCAUCUAACUGUGCUUUUGAGCAUAAUAAAAAAAAUUCCCCAAAUAACGUCCCAAGAAAAUAAAUGUCAAAUUUCACAAAAACACAUGAAGUUCUUAGAAUUUUACCUGUGUUUUCACAAUUCUUGUGAAAUUUGACAUUCAUUUUCUCAGACUACCACGUGAAAUUUUCGUUGGUGUUACUACAGAUGACUAAUUACAUCUUAAGCCCUUGAAAACUGUAAAAAAGAGUGCAAUAUUCUUUAAAUUAUUCUGGUACAAGGUUUUUGUCCACUGAAAAUUAAUAUUACUCAAUUUCCUGAUGAAUUUUGUCUUAAUCCUUCAGAGUUUAUCAUCCCACCAGUGGCCGUGUAGUUACAAUGUUUACCGAUCAGCCAGGAGUACAGUUUUAUACUGGUAAUGGUCUGGAUGGGUCACCAGGCAAAGGAGGUGUGUGUUACCCAAAGUACGGUGCAUUCUGCUUGGAAGCACAGAAUUACCCUGAUGCAAUUAACCAGGUCAGUUCAGUUUGAUGAGAAUAAGGGCUCGAAAAAACUUGAAUUCCAGCUUGUUAGUUGAGCAAGUAGCUCUCACAUUUUCCUUGACUGAGACCACUUCUCGCUUGUCAUAGUUAAUGAUUUAGUUAGAAGAUGACCCUAGGACCAUUGUCCAUCAGGGCAAAUAAGCUUCCAAAGUUACUUGCCCAGCAAGAAAAUCUACUUGUCCUAGAAGUCUGUUUUAUUGUUAAAAACACAUUAAAAAAACUCCAUGUUUAACCACCUUUGUAAGCCACCACCUCUCAUAUAAGUGACCCAAAGCAAAAACUAACUCUCUGCAUAUUGGGUGGUGGCUUAUAGGCAGUUAACUGCAUUUGGUCACAUGUAACUGCACUGUAUUAAAUAAGGUUGCAUCAGAAAUAGCUCUGCACCAUGAGUAAGAAAUCUAUUUUGUUGACAGUAUCCAUGGUUUUUUUUAUUUUGUUUUAUCAACAGAGCAAUUUCCCGAGCCCUAUUCUCCGCCCUGGUGAAGUCUACCAACAAGUUACUGUCUACAGAUUUGGUGUCAAACCAUAA